AUGGGUGCUGAGAAGAAGGCUGCGUGGCGCUGCAUAGCGUGUCGCAGUGCGCCGGCGCAGCCAGCUACGUCUACCCUCGCGGAGAUGCCGGCCAUCACGGAACUUAUUAGCGAGAUAAAAGCGUUUAGAGCUGAAUUCACCGCCGUGAAAGCCGACAUUUCUAGUGCGUCGAUAGGUAUUCAGAAUCUCAACACCAAAUGGAACGAGAUGGAGUCACGAUUUUCAAACCUGGAGGAUCGCUUAGUCAUUAUGGAAACAAAAAUGGCUACUGUUUCUAAGCUGGAACUAGAUUUGAAGACGGCCAACGAAACGAUAAACAAACUCCAAAUCGAAAAUAACAGUCGUGACCAGUAUGCCCGAAUGAAUAACCUAGAAAUAUCAGGAGUCCCUGUUAACAAAGGGGAAAACCUAAUUAAUAUUCUGCAUUCCAUUUGUGCCAAGGUCGGCAUAACAAUGCAGGAUAGUGACCUGGACUCCAUACAUCGUGUUCGUCGUUUCCCGAGCGGCGGUGCUGCAGGUGGAGCGGAGCGUCCCGACGCGCGGCCCCCGUCCAUCAUCGUGAGGUUCACGCGGCGCCGCGCCAAGGACCAGCUGCUGGCGGGCGUGCGCGCGCGCCGCGGCCUCUCCAGCGCCGACCUGGGCCUGCCCGGGCCCGCCGCCCAGCUGUACGUGAGUGACCACCUCACUCCAGCCAACAAACUGUUGUUGAAGCGUGCCAGGGAACUUAAGUCGGAGUUAAACUUUACCUACCUGUGGGUAAGGGACUGUAAAAUUUAUAUGAGAAAAAGUGACAAUGCAAAAGUUGUAGUGAUUAACAAUGAAUGCGAUUUGAAAAAACUGAAGUGA